GUUGAAUGGGAAUGGUUGAUUAUAUUGAACUAUUCAUAUUUGCAAAAUGUAGUCUUUGAUUCAAAUUACUGGCCUUACUCUCAGAUCCUAAUUUCUUGUCUUCCUACAAAUUGUAGAAUGAGCUUGGACACUUAUAUCUCUGGUUCCAAAUUAUUUGUCAGAUAUUACAUACGUGGAGAAUGCAGGGAGGGUGAUAACUGCAGGUUUUCACAUGACAGCAAAGAUGUCCCUGUAAGUAUUACAUAGCUAUUGGAUCAUUAAUUAUUAUUCUGAAUUUAAUAUCUGUUGUGCUUGAUAAGUCAGAUGCAUAGAAAAAUUUAAACUGCUUUAUACACUCACAAGUGGAAGUUUGGUAGUGCCCCUUAGACAAUAACCUUGCAGGAAAAUUGUUGCUCUCAUCUAUGAAAUCAAGAUUUACUGUGCACUAUUUCCUCCUGCAUUUUUCCUUUUAUUUUUUAUAUAACAGCUACUUUUCAUAUGUUAAGGAAAAAUAGACACUUCACUUAGAAAAAUUAUCCACAUUGACCAAACUUACCAUAAUGUUUUCAAUGUUUGACAACAGGCUGAAAGACAGGCAGGCUUUCAUAUUAACCUUUCAACCCCUAAGAGUGAUUAACACCUAAUUUCUCCUUACAAUUUCAACCCUGAAUGUCAAAAGAAUUGAGGAAAUGAUCACCAACUAAAGAAGCUGUGGAUUGUUUAGCAAAUUCUCCUUGUUAGCACCUUCUGAAAUUUAUGGAGAACAGUAUGGAGAAUAUGAAUACUGAUGUUUGGGUAUAAAGGGUUAGGUUAUAAUCUCCAUAGAAAGUUGUUCCAAUUUAAAGUCACACUUGGCUAAUGGAAUCAUAUGUGCUCCCAGGACCCUGCUGGAAAGUGAAGACAAUCUUGGAAGCUUUUCCUAGAGUUCUAAGUUUUCUUCUUUGGAGCUUUUCUAGCUUUCCUAGGUUUCUUUAUCCGGAAGAAAAUUAGAUGCUGGUCACCCUUAGAGGUAAAGGGCUUAAGAUGACCAAGGACAAUGUGUGCUUGUACCCUGAUUGCUACCCAGGGAUUUUUCUUGUCAUUAUAACUUCUGUCAUCUUUGAGCCAAAAAAGGCCUCCUUCCCAGUUACUUUUACAAUAAAAGAUUCAAAAUGCUUUCUCUCUUGCAAGGUUUGCCACUAUUACCAAGAAGGACGCUGCUUAUUUGGAAAAAAUUGUUGGUACAAUCACCCUGAUGAGCAACUUUUCAUGUAAGUCAGUUUAAACUAAAUGUCUAGAUUUGAAUGCAUUGUUAUUAUCUCCUUUGACAGUUGAGUUUCGCAAGGAGAUGCAGAGGCCUAAAAAUUGGCAAAUUGAACUCUGGGUUGUCAAGGGGGGAUUCUAUGUUAUACUCAUUUUUUACUGUCACAGAGUUUUUCUCCACUCAGGAGUAUAGGUAGCUACUGGCAGGGUAGUCUUCUGCUGCUGUUAAAAUCAAAGAUAGCAGCUAUAGUUUUCACCAUGAGAAUUCUGUGCAAUUGUUUGCAAAAGUUAAGCCUGCUCUAUAGGCUAAUUUAGUGUUCUGUAGACUCACUAAUUGAGCCAAAAUUUUUUCUGUCUCCAAAGAAAUUCAGAUAGUAACACCAAAUUGGAGAAAGGUCAGGGAAGUCUAGUCGGGAGCAUUGUUGAUCAUCAUCUCAUUAAUGUAUAUUUAAUUCUUUGUUUUAAGGCCUGCUGUUUAUCCAGCCAUAGCUGUUAUUGGUGAGUGAAAGAUAACAUGUCUAGAUUCACCCAAAUUCAGAGAUAGUUUACCCCUGAGAAUUCAAAUAACCCGAUUUCAGUGAUGUCUUCAACGACCUUUGGCAACCGCACAACUUAUUCCAAGGCCCUCUCUUCUUUCCACCCCUGGGGUUCCCGGAGUUGGGACAAAUAUAGACCCCUGGGACGAUCUGGGUAACCGCGUAGCUAAAGAAGCCUAGGAACGAGGAACCAAACUCUUAAUUUUGUGCCAAAGAAAUCGUUUCUCUUUUGCUCAGCUGUUCUUUGUACAGACCUGUAAGAAAUUUCAUCACCAACCUUUUACGUUUAAACCGACUUUCCAGAGCAAGUUGCAUAAAAAUUUCCUGCAACCGAAACUUGUUACACGCUAUAAACAAUGACAAGGAAUAACUGAAAUUUGUGAAUCAAUAUGGAAGAUGGAGAAAAACUGGAAAUUUCGGAAUGAAACACGUGGCAAGAAGUACUACUCACAACGCAACAUAUUGUUUCAUGCAGGUUUCUUCACAGAUUGCGUUGUAUCAUCUUGUAUACAGCAUUUUAAUCAUUACAUAGUUGUUAGUUUAACUGAACGGUUCUCCCGUUAGAAAUGGGUGCCGUUGAAGCAGGAGGCAACCUUAACUUGCUGUUAGCUGCUGCUGUCGCCGGGGUACAAACAGAUGAUGAUGACAGCAGCAGUGAUGGUGACCAUGGGCGUGACCCUUUGACAUUAGACGAUGCUAUGGAACUGUGGAACAGACUUAAAAAGAGACAAGGUCAGGAACGCGAUGAAUCCUUUUCAAGGCUCGAUUGCCGGGGUCGGGAUAAGCCUUUCAGAGUGUUUCCAUACGAUAAACUGUACUAAACUCCAAUUUUGUGUGGUUCUAACUGAUGAUCUAUUGGAAGAGAGACGCGUAGAUAAUGUCACCAUUGAUUUAUUAUGUUAAACCAGACCGAUGUGCUGCACGUGAUUCCUUUUUGUGGUUAUUAAGAAGUUAUUAAACGACUUAACAUGUCAAUGUGUUAUUGUAGGUCCCACUCCCCUCUCUUGCAAGUAAACUCGACCACAACCAGUUCUUAGUCAGUAUCUUUAUAACUGUUUUCAGCUCGUGAGCAAUCAAGUGAAGCCGAGCAAAUAGAAGAAGACAGCGAUGCAUCAAGUAACGACUCCGACGCGUCUAUCUGCUUAGAGAAACACAUCCACGAGUUCUUUCACGAAAUCCGAAACCACGACUUGAGUUUAUGGGACAUUGAAACGGUGUAUAAGCUCAUCUCUAAUCUAGCUGAACUGUCUAUCAAAGAAUUUGAUGAGUAUAACAUCGCAUUGAGCUUAAUCCUGGGAGAAACUGUCCGUCAUUGGCGCCCGUCUGCCAGUAAUACUGCAGAAUUGUUCUUGAAGAUAUGUGAGAAGGACGGCGCAGAUCUUUCCAGUUUAAUUCUUACGCUGUGUAAUGCGCCAGUUAGAGUCAAAUUUCUGGAGACCCACAUAGCAUGUAUUUUGACGGUCGCGCAAAGGACUUUCACCAAGGAGUGGUCCGCAGAGGCAGUCGGGAAACUUCUUCAAGUUGUCGAAGACAAUGGGUUUAAUAUUGAUGCUACAGAGGUUUUUCAUCGCAUGGGAAAAGAACUAGGGGACCCUGAGUCAUUAGGGAAGCUCGUUCGGGAAUAUCUCCUGGCAACAGGCGAUAAAGAUUCUUUCAAUUGUAGGUGUAAGACGGCUGAAUGUGAAUGUACAGUUACAGUGGACGAAGGACUUGCUUACAUCGUUUUCGCAGGACUGGAGAGGAAGAUGAAUUGGGACGACGAAAAGAAAUUAGCGUUCUUCAGGAGUGCCACAGAUACGUUAUGGGCGCCUGAUGUUUUGAACGAAUUAGGUAACUUUAUUGACUUUGUAUGUGACUUUGAGGCGGUUUUACUAACUUGUCAGCAGCUCUUGGUUAUUAGCUCUCCAGGACGCGCUUACCAUACCUCACUUCACUCUGCUGCUUGUUUCCUUUCGUUUCGCACUUUUGUUGGCGUUUGCUUUGGUUGGCGAUCAAAUGCUUUGGUUGGUGAUCAAAUGCUUUGGUUGGUGAUCAAAUGCUUUGGUUGGUGAUCAAAUGCUUUGGUUGGUGAUCAAAUGCUUUGGUUGGUGAUCAAAUGCUUUGGUUGGUGAUCAAAUGCUUUGGUUGGUGAUCAAAUGCUAUGCUUUGACUUGCCCUUCGUCCGAAAACUGCUACUAAAUAUGGCCUCUUAAGGAGUGAUGGAAAUGUCUGAUGUUUGCUGUGAAUCGUUUGGAAGAAUUUGCACAUAGUGUUGUUUUCGAGUUGUUUCAAUUCUUUGAAAGUCAGAUAUUUUGUCUUGAAGUAAAGAAAUUCCCCACAAACAUAAAAAAACCCAAUUAAAUUAAAUUACAUGCAGUUUUUCUAAAAAUUUUAAAUUCCAUCUUCUAUACAGUGAAUUUUAAGGACCCCAAUUUUAAAUAUUUUUAGAUCUUCUAAUUUUGAUAGGCUACUUUAAUUAUUGUAUUUUACUACAUUUCAUUUUAUUCCAUUUUACGCACGACCCCACAAGCGUGUAGUCGCUUUAACAAUUAUCGUGUUUAAAUAAAGUCUUUGUAUUGUAUUGUAUACAAGGUGAACUUUUCAGUAUAAAGGAUCCCAUGAACGUUUGCCAACCUCGAGUAGACAAACGCCUCAACUGGAAUGCGAAGGAGUUUGUGAAGGCUGAAGAGCGUGCUGCUGCAGAGAGACCGUACACGAAACCAAACAACCCAAGAAAAUAUCAGUGCAAAGGAGCAAGAUGCUCAAACCAGCCCAAGAAAGGGUGCGAAUUUGAAAUGUGUGGACGGUGUUGUAAAAAGAUCGCCGAGCCAUGUUCUGUCCACGACGAUGCGUUUAGUGUAUUUGAGCCCCCAGUUUUUGAACGGAAUUUAAGCUUCUACAUGAUUGAACCCAAAGUUUUCUUCAGGUUUGUAUCCAAAGGAGUUGGUUGUUCAUUUGAAAGCUCAAACCAUAUGCUGAACAAUUCAGAUAAAAACUUAAACCAAUCACGAUUUUCUCUGCAUGUCACGUGGUGUAUUUGUUUUCACGUUGUACUCUCAUUGGUUCCCAUUUUCUUCUUUGUUUUGAUUGGCCAUCGUGAUUGUUACUUGGCUCUUGGUUUUACAACUUAGAUCGAAAUAUUCUCCAACUUACAACACAAACAUAGUAAGGGUAGCUCAAAAAAAAAUUAUGGAUCGCGUAGAGGUCUUGAAAGAUUGGCAAGCACAACUUUUUAACGCAAUGAUUUUCCUCUUCCGACCUCAUCCAACUACCUAUGAGGCUCACAAAUGAUCGGCAGUAUUAUUUAAUUUGAUAAGAAUUUGUUUGCAAUUGUUUGUCGAAUGUGUUUAGUUCUAGGGAUGACCUGGAUGAUAUCAGCGGUAUUCCUACACCAUUCCGAAGUGUUACAUUCGGUUCAGAGUUUUCUGUGCGGGAUGAUGACGUCAUAAAAGCCGUGGACCUCUGCAAGGACAAUUUAGUGGUACUAGAGCUUGGAUCCUCAGACACAGGGACUGGCGUACGGUUGUCAGAUGUGGCCGUGCACCACAUUGCCAGCAACUGUCCCAAUCUGCGCAAACUCCGUUUGGAGUCAGUCACUGGUGCUACCGAUGCCGCGGUCAUUGACGUUAUGUACAGGUGCCCGUUAAUGGAAGAACUAGAAGUCAGUGGUCAUGACCGCAGUUCGGGUUCCCUGACGGAUGAAUGUAUCAAGCGUUUGUUUGACAUGAGUGUGUUACCAAACUUGAAGGGAUUGAUCAUCACUGAUCAAAUGCGCGUGCGCCAUGAUGUGGUGUAUCGACUGCGCAGGCGUCGACCCAAGCUGAAAAUCAUCGCUGGCGACACUGACAGCGACAGCAUGGCGCAUUCUAUGGUGCUAGGAAUGAUGGGGAUGUGUUAUGGAGACGGGCUAUAUUAA